AUGGGGUUUUUAAAAGAAAUCCAGGGGUUCUUUCACUCUAUCACCACAGAUGAUCAUUACGCUUCCUAUGACGCGUCGGAAUCGACUAAUCUCGGGGCAGCUCCGGGACAUGAGUCGUCGCAAUACAUCUCGAUGCUGGACAACACCUCGUCGACAUCUCUAGCCCAAAAUAGCAGAUCAGCCAGAAACUCGACUGCCAGCAGGCCAGUUCAGUACCGUCCCGGAAUGCGUUCGCAGCUGAAUGGUAAUGAUAUCCAAAUGCAAGACUACAUUGAAGGGCAACCGCCUUUACCAUCGGUCGCUUCUGUGUGGGAAAGAUUAGACAAGUGGAUGGAGAGGGAAUUCCCGGAACUGGGAGACGACAUGGAGAACGGGGCGACCGUCAACGAUCUGAACGCUUUUGAAAAAGACCUGAAUAUUUCUCUACCCUUUGACGUGAGGGAGUCGUAUCAAAUUCACGAUGGCCAGCUCGCUCUCGGAAAGAAGCGUGGCCUUAUUUAUGGAUACCCUUUGCUUGACCUCGAAAGCAUUGCCGCAGAGGUCAACAUUUGGAGGAAAGUCGGCGACAAAUUACAAAGAACCACAGAGCAUUUUACCAGUGAGCAGAUUCUGCUCGAAUCUCAAAACAAGUCGGAGGGCAGUAGCCACUUCCAACAGCAAAAGGCCAAGCAUUUUCAUUUUCUAGACUCUCAGAAGUCUGUUCCAAAGGGGGCCGUGCAGGAGGUGUACUACCACAACCAAUGGAUUCCGUUAGUGAAAGACAAUGAGGGGAACAAUAUUGCCCUGGAUCUUGCUCCAGGGCCAAGAGGCAGAUGGGGCCAGAUCAUUCUUUUUGGCCGCGACUUCGACACCAAGUUCGUUGUCGCCUCGUGUUUUACGGAGUUUUUGCUGAAUCUCGCCGAUGAUCUGGAGGAUGGAAAGUUCUACAUCGACGAGAUCGAUGAGGAUCUGGUGUACACGGAAAACGGAAAGACAUACUCGUACUUUGACGUGUUGAAAUUUCGCUCGUUGGCUUUGGCAAAGAAUAUGGGUGGAUCGCGACUUCCUGUUGGAAAAAGCGGAUCCAAUGUCUCUUUAGUGGCCUCUCCACGGAUUUCCCAGACCAAUUUGUCUAAACAGUAUGCUCCUCCUCUGAAUGACAGUUUUGUUGUUGAGGAUGAGGACCCGGUGAUUCCAGCAGAAGACGUUAUCAAGCCCCAGACACAGCCCGAUCUCCUGGCUGAUGACCUGAAAGAGGUCGAUUUGGUACAGGAGGGCGACAAGAGAGAAGCAGUGAAAGAGACGGAAGUCAAGCCUGAACUAACGGAGGGACCAAAUCUCACGGAGACUACCGUGUCGCAGCCUGAAGACUCUCAACCAGAACCUGCGACCGAACCGGUUGCUGAGCCGGAGGCAAGGAAUGCUGAGACCGAGCGUGAUGUUCAGGACCACCAGAUUGAGGAAGACAAGGCCUCUGGAGAAGGUCUCACCGAAGCAGAUGCUGCGGACUCCAAGUCCGAGACAGACGACACCGAGAAAGACGCUGCGGAGGACGCUGCUGACCCUGUAGCAGCUGCCAGCAACUCAGCUACCAAGCCAAAGUCCCGUAAGAAGAAAGGUAAGAAAGGUAAGAAAUAA